AGUUGAUGGAUAAAAAUUAAUUUGACAGUAAUUCUAAAUUUUAAAUUUUAGCACUUCAAAAGACCAUGUGUCUUCAAGCGUAUUUGCUCAAAUUCGCCAAUAAAAUGUAAAAGCAGAUUAACUAGUUCAAUGCAACUGACUAGAUAGGUGCCAUAAUAUCCAGUGAAAUAGUAUAAUAAUCAUGAAUAAAAGGAUUGGUACUUUCUCAUUAUGAAAGCCAAUGAACCAAUAUCAGGAAAAUGCAGCAAUAUUUAUUAAAUCCUCUGUACUUCAUAAUCCACUAACAAGUUCCAGAAUGUCGCUUACAACUAAACACAUCCUAACAACUGGUUCCGUUUUGUUAUCUUGCGUCAUUCUAAAGCACAUACCUUUUAUUAGAAAGUUUUCCUUUCUCAGAAAUCCGUUAGAUUGUUUGGACAAUGCACUAUUUUGCAUGUGCAUUCCAAUAUUAAUAAAACUCUGCGUGGAAACGAUUCAUGACUAUUAUAAACUGAAGAAAGUUCGCGAAUUCAUUGCAGAAAACUCUAAUAUUUUGCUACUUUGUAUUGUCAAUUCAAGAAAUUCUACUUUAACUGAAUCUGAUACGCUAUAUAUAAAACAAACAAUUACUACAGAUAGUGAAAUCAUAAACUGUUUGUCGGAGGCUAUGAAGACGUUAGAUAAGAGGGAUAAUCUGACAGACUUUAUAAAUCAAGAAUAUAUACAAAAUGUUUGUUAUAUUAUACACGAGAAAUUGGAAGACUCUCCCGAUCAACGAACACUGAAACAGUAUAAAAAUCCUUUAUUAAAAUUUUAUGAAAAUAUCUGUCAAUAAAAUCAAUUAGAGAAUAAA